CAAUCAGACCAUUUCAACAGACGACACUUCGACGCCCGAUACGAAAAAGUUACGACGUGAAUCUGAACCUCAUUCCUGUCUUCUUCAGCACGAGCGGCCAAAGUCCGGUGCAAGGAGAAAAACUAUGGAAGCCACAAUUUGGACCAUUGGGACCUGGAUCUGGCUCGAAAAGGAGAUCAAAAAGCCACAGGAUACCUGAAGAAAUUACAACCUCCAACAACACCUCCAAAGAUCCUAUAGAAAUGGCACCAACGAAGACAAAAGCACUGCAAUCUGGCCGUCCGCCAACGAUCAAACGUCCAGCAGCCUCUCUCUCCUCUUCCGUCACUCAAAAGAUCAUAGUCUCCUUCCAUCAACUCCAAAAACAGCUCGCCCAAGCGAUCCAGCAAAACAACGAACCAACAAUCACCCACCUCGAAUCCCAAAUCGCCAACCUUGGCGGUCUAAAAGCCUACCAAACCGCCUCAAUCCAAGGCCAAGCCUCCGACCGCGGCGGCGACUCCUCCCUCAUCCUCAUGGUCUGGCUCUCACCCUUCAAGUCCUCCCUCAAGUCCCUCGCAGCCACCAAGACACCACUUCGUAUGCUCGAAGUCGGCGCCCUGUCCACUAAAAACGCCUGCUCCCGCUCUGCGAUAUUCGACAUCGAGCGGAUCGAUCUGAAUUCCCAAAGUCCGGGCAUCACGCAGCAGGACUUUAUGCUUCGCCCGCUUCCCGUUUCGGAGGACGAGAAAUUCGACAUCAUUUCCCUUUCUCUGGUCUUGAAUUUCGUGCCCUCUGCUUCAGGUCGAGGGGAUAUGCUGCGUCGCACAACGGCUUUCCUGCGUCGGACGUCGAGUGUAACGGAAGUAGCGGCCACCCUCUUCCUCGUCUUACCGGCUAGCUGUGUCCUUAAUGCGAGGUACUGCUCAGAGGAGAAAUUGACGCUGAUCAUGGCGAGUUUGGGAUAUGUGCUGUUGCAGAGGAAGCAGACGGCGAAGUUGGUUUACUAUUUGUGGCAGUGGAGGGAUGAUCCGGCGGUGGAGGAGGAACAGAGGUUUAAAAAAGUCAAGGUCAGGGAUGGGCCCGGGAUGAAUAACUUUUGUGUGGAGCUUGUGCCUCCUUGA